GAGAUAUCAAAACUAUGAUCCGCUUCCAGGACGACUAACCUCCCAACACAUUAGAUGAAGCCAGAGAGUAGAUAGCUGUUAAGUGCGACAGAAAAACGGUUGGAGAAGAACCAACGAAAACCAGGUUGGGGUGGUGACAAUCCUCACAGAUACACUGGGCUGGUCUUGAAGAUGUUUUUGUCUGGACAACGUACGGGGAGGUAACCCCGAGUACCGGUGGCCCCUGUGCAUACCAGGUGGGGAUGGCUAGCUUGACACCCCAGUCGGGGACAUGUGUCUGGCUUCAGACUCUGCUGGCCUUUGCCUUGGCCAAAUGUCCUUCAUUAGCCCCAAACCCAGUAAACUUCUCUGUGGUUUACGCCAUGCCGUUUUUCCAAGCCCAUGGCCCUAUUCAGAACAUUGUCAACAACUCAGUGUACCAGGAGGUGUACGUAGCCUCUCAAAAUGUGAUUGAAGCUGUCAACAGAAGCUUGGAAAAGACAUGGGGGCUUCGCACUGGGCCUGUAGGAAGUCCGGAAUGUCAGGUUUGCAAUCUGUGUCAGAUUGACAAAGAUCCCAACUUUCUCGAGACCACAAACAACCAGGUGUUGUUGUUGGACACCUUAUUUAUGUAUUUGUAUUCAUGUGGAAGUUCCCAACACGGCGUGUGCUAUUUCCACCAACUCAACAGCAACGGGGAUCCACCGUCUAACUCUAAGUGUUUGUUUCGAGCUGAUUCAAACUCUGCUGCUUAUUGUCCUGACUGCGUCGCCAGUCCUCUUGGAACCAAAGUCACCAUGGUGGAGGAAGGUCAGACAGUCUAUUUCUUUGUUGCCGCAACUGUUAAUGAAAGUGUGACUCAGCAAUAUGGCCGGAAGUCUAUAUCUGUACGUCGGCCACUGGGAACAGAAGAUGGCUUCUACAGUGAUGUUCGUGGUCUGACAGUCCUUCCUGGGCUGAGAAGGACUUACCACAUUGAAUACGUGUACAGUUUUUUCACUCACGAGUUUGUGUACUUCCUCUCAGUUCAAAGAGAAAGCCCGGAGCAUGAAUCAUCUUCCUUUCAAACUCGCCUUGGUCGUCUUCCGCGGAAUGAAUGGGAGAUGAAACGAUAUCGUGAGGUGAUCCUAGAAUGUCGUUUUGAACCGAAACGACGGAGGAGGAACGUGGUCGGUGAACCCUACAAGGAUGUGGUGUACAAUGUAGUUCAGGCAGCACAUUUUGGCAAAGCAGGCAGGGAGCUGGCCGAAGAGUUGGGGGCGGAGGAGGAGGAUGACAUCCUCUAUGGGGUCUUUGCUGUCACGGAUGAUAAUGGAGUUACGGAGCAUGAUUCAGCCCUGUGUGCCUUCCCCAUGGACAAUGUGAAUGAAGCAAUCGCUGACGGGGUGGAUGACUGCUGUGAAUCUGGACCGGAACAACUCUCCAGGGGACUUUGCCACUUCCAACCAUGUGAAAGCUGCCCUCAUGAGAGCAUGGAGAACAACGCCACAUGCAGAGACCAUCCAACCAUGGUUUCCCAGCCCUACUACAGAGUGGACCUGUUCAACCGACAAAUGACAAACGUCCUUCUCACCUCUCUGUUGGUGACCACAAUUGACAACAAGACCGUUGCACAUAUUGGUACUUCCACGGGUCGACUGCUGCAGCUUGUGCUGACAAGAUUGAGACCGAUUAUUUUUGCGAAUUAUUCUUUGGUAGACAACCAAAGGAUCUCACCUAUUGCUGCAGUCUACUCCUCAGAGUAUCUCCUCUUUGUGGUUGGAGACAAGAUGAUUCAGGUCCCCCAGAGAGGACCGGGAUGCCAACACUUCCUGACUUGUGCAAUGUGCCUGACAGCCCCAAAGUUCAUGGGCUGUGGAUGGUGCUCAGGGGUGUGUUCAUGGGAAAGCGAGUGCUCAAGUCACUGGAGGAAUGAGUCCUGUCCACCACGCAUCACCGGGUUCUUUCCACGGACUGCUCCCCAUGAUGGUCAAACAGAGUUAACAGUGUGUGGAUGGGAGUUCCAGUCACCCCUGAGACCUGCUAUUAGCUCCAGAACCCACCAGGUUAGACUGGGACAGACACCAUGCACUGUGCUUCCUGUCAAGAGUAACAACACACAUCUGGUGUGUAAGAUCCGCUCUGGGGCCACUGACCUGUCAAAACCAGUCGACAUUACAGUAGAAGUGCAUGAGAAUGAGGGAGGCAUGAAGGUGGAGGGACGCUACGCUAUUGACGGGAAGGCAGAAAUGCCUGGCUUUAGAUUUCUGAUACCCAACAUCACAGAAAUCCAGCCAAACUAUGGGCCUCGCAUCGGGGGCACAUUGAUCACAGUGACAGGAGCACACUUGGAUGCUGGAAGGACCAGGAGAGUCACACUCAAUGAUGUGCCCUGUCCUAUAAAAAGAGUCACAAAGCCUAAAGGCAAUAUGUCCUCCAUCAUCUGUCUGUCCCAGCCUAUCUCAGAGGUGAGGGAUGUACCUCUCAGUGUUUUCAUCGACAAGUCUCCUGUGGUCACAACAAAGGUUUUUUACUACAAAGAAAACCCCAAGAUUACAGCUGUCCUCCCCGACUGUAGUUUUGACAGAGGGUCAAAUAUUUUGAUCGAAGGAGAGAACCUGGAUUCUGUUUAUCGUACCAUCAUCCACUUUAAACCCAAUGAGAGCCACCUGAAGACUGUGACAAGGGAAUGCAUCGGCAAGGCCUUAUCCUCAAGAAUGGAAUGUGUCACGCCUGUAUUUCCAAGGGAUGAGACAGAGGAAGGAGAGCUCUCCUUUGACAUGGAUGGAGCAGUUGGACUUUGGAAAAAAGAGUUUUCCUACCACCCUUAUGGGGAGCCAAUACCCUUUGAAACGGAGGGACAUGAGCUGCAUUUGUACCCUGGAUUUGAUGAAGUGUCACUACACCAUCAGAAAUUAAACCUGGUUAGCUCCUGUAUGACCAUCAUUAUGACAGUGGCAGGUGUUGAUUGUGAUGCUAAAGUCCUGGAUAAUGAGAUCACCUGUAGGAUACCCAAAAACAUAACCAUCCCCAGUGAGGGACUGCCUGUGAAGAUCUCCAUUAAUGGACAGGUCCAUAAUGUGGGCACAGUAAUAAGGGUGAGCAACCACACCAUGGUGGGGAUAGUGCUGGGGAUCCUAGGAGCUUUGGUGGCUGGUGCAGUGCUGGCCUUUGCUGUCAUGAAGCACUUGAGGAAGAAAAAGAAAGCUUCCAUGGUGGAGAGCCGUUUGGCCCACGGUGCUAGCCAUUCAGGGGCAAAUAAUGUCGAGUUGUCACCGGUUGGGGACUACAGGAGAGUAGUAUCCCUGAAUCCUCCAACUCCAAUUGUUCGGCCCCUGGCCUUCCCCAGCCUGGCCUAUGCUGCUGGCAGUAUAGACGUUACUCUCACUCCUCUAAUGGCUGCAGAGAAAAUUUCCAUUUCCAGUUUUAGGCCAGAGUUAUUGGAGGAGGUUAAGGAUGUUCUUAUUCCUGCUGAAAUGCUCCUCGUGCAACACCAUCGGAUCAUUGGGAAGGGACAUUUUGGAACAGUCUAUCAUGGCUACUUCACAGACCACAGCAACAGAGAAAUACACUGUGCUGUCAAGUCUUUGAACAGAAUAACAGAUGUUGAGGAGGUGGAGCAGUUUCUGAAGGAAGGUAUCAUAAUGAAGGGUUUCCAUCAUACCAAUGUUCUGUCUCUGCUGGGCAUCCUCCUGCCACAAGAAGGUCUUCCCUUGGUGGUUCUGCCAUAUAUGAAACAUGGCGAUCUGCGCCAUUUCAUUCGCUGCGAGAAGAGGAACCCAACCGUGAAGGACCUUAUUGGCUUUGGACUGCAGGUUGCCAAGGGGAUGGAGUAUUUAGCUCAGAAGAAGUUUGUUCACAGAGAUCUCGCAGCUCGCAACUGCAUGCUGGAUGAGUCUUAUGUAGUCAAGGUGGCAGACUUUGGCAUGGCCAGAGAUGUUUUUGACAAAGAAUACUACAGUAUUCAAGACCACAGAAAAGCUAAACUGCCUGUCAAAUGGAUGGCUAUUGAGAGUCUACGGACACAGAAAUUCACUUCCAAGUCUGAUGUGUGGUCCUUUGGUGUUCUGAUGUGGGAGAUGCUCACCAGAGGAGCGAGCCCUUACCCAGAAGUGGACCCUUAUGACAUAACACACUACUUAUUGAAGGGCAGGCGACUUCCUCAGCCUCAAUUCUGCCCUGACCCUUUGUAUAGUAUUAUGCUUGAGUGCUGGGACCCUGAUCCAGAAUUGAGGCCUAACUUUGCUACACUGGUGUCAACUGUCACCACGAUCAUUUCAAGUCUUGAGGGAGAACACUACAUCAGUCUGAAUGUCACAUAUGUAAACCUGGACCAGCCCAGACCCUACCCAGCACUCACUGAGUCUGCUGAUGAAUACAACUCCACAGACGUCGAUACUGACUCGGGCUGAGUUCCUGA